AUGACCAUCCAUUUUGAUUUCUCAGCUAAGGUUAUCUUGGUCACAGGCGGUACAAAAGGUGUUGGACGUGGUAUUGCUGAAGCAUUCUUACAGGCUGGUGCAACGGUUAUCGUUAGCGGCCGUAAUAAGCCCGAAACUCUACCAAGUUUUGGCGAUAACCAAGCAGCGUUUAUUGCCAUGGACGUACGUGACUCACAACAAAUAGAAUCAGCGAUUCAACAAAUAAAAGACCGUUACGAACGUUUAGAUGUCCUCAUUAAUAAUGCAGGAGGCACACCUUUUGCCUUAGCAGAUGAUAUGUCGCCACGGUUUUCUGAAAAAAUUGUUGCCUUAAAUUUGCUUGGGCCACUCUACUGUGCUCAAGCAGCAAAUACCUUGAUGCAACAACAGGAAAACGGUGGAAGUAUUAUCAAUAUCGCUAGUGUUAGCGGCACGCGCCCUUCCCCAGGUACAGCAAUUUAUGGCGCAGCCAAAGCAGGUUUACUCAAUUUAACACAAUCGUUGGCAGUAGAAUGGGCUCCUAAAGUUAGAGUCAAUGCCAUUACAGCCGGCAUGAUUUUGACAGAACAAUCUCAUCUUCAUUAUGGUGAUGAAGACGGUAUUGCCGCUGUCGCUGCAACUGUACCACUAGGCCGUUUAGCUCUACCUCAAGACAUUGCAGGCAUUUGCCUUUACUUAGCUUCAGAUGCUGCCAGCUAUCUAAGUGGAACCAGCAUUACUGCCCAUGGUGCUGGCGAGCGUCCUGCAUUUUUAGACGCAGCAAAUGUAGAACAAAAUUUAACAGAUGCAUCUGUUAAAAAAGAUACGUAA